GUGAUCAGAGCUCGUGUUUUUCUGUGCGUGGGUCAGACGUGUAGUUUGCGUUAAAGCGCAGCAGAAAUCGGAUCUCUGUUCGGGAGUUUACAAACUCUCACUCUCACACACACACACACACACACACGCGCGCGCGUGCGGACGUGGAGCAUUUAGGACCCGAUCUGGGUGAAGACGGGAUCAACUGAGAUUUGUUCUAAAGAGGCAAUUAUGGGAGAAGGCAAUUUAACAACUUUACUGGAGGGUGCGUGCAGUCCUGUGUGUGAGGGCUGCCACCAGCCCAUUGGGGAGCGUUUCCUGCUGCGUGUUCAUGACUCUCUGUGGCACGAGCGCUGUGUGAAGUGUGCUACUUGCGCUCAGCCGCUGAAGAGAUCCUGCUUCCUGCGAGACUCCAAAAUCUACUGCAGGCGAGAUUACCAACAACUGUUCUCAGUGCGCUGUAGGGCUUGUGCUGAGGUUAUCUCCCCAGCAGAGCUCGUGAUGCGAGCAGGUGAUGCAGUUUUCCACCUGCACUGUUUCUGCUGCUCAGUGUGUGACUGCCGGCUGCAGAAAGGAGAUCGCUGUGUGCUGGUGGGAGACAAGCUGCUCUGUACACAACAUUACCAGCACACGCUGAGCAGUCCCACCACCACCACGGACUCAGGCCAAAGUGAGGAUUACGAUGAAGAAGAGGAUGAAAGCAAUCUCAAGGUAUCCGGCGACAGGACCGCCACUAGAGAUGGGGACCAGAAGAGGCCGAAACGUCCUCGCACCAUCCUCACCACGCAGCAGAGACGAGCCUUCAAAGCCUCGUUUGAAGUGUCAGCCAAACCAUGCCGAAAAGUAAGGGAGACUUUGGCAGCUGAGACAGGCUUGAGUGUACGAGUCGUCCAGGUCUGGUUCCAGAACCAAAGAGCCAAGAUGAAAAAAUUGGCCAGACGACAGCAGCAGCAGCAGCAGCAGCAGCAGCAGUGCCAGUCCCCUCAGGACCAGAACGACAGCCAAACACACACCAACGCACCCUCUGUUGGAGGAUUUUCAGCCGAGCUAGAGAGCCUGAGCACGUAUUUAUCUCUAGCUCAACAGCAAGAAAGUCUCAGCUUUAAGAUGGACCUCAGACAAGGUCUCACACCACCUCAGAUGCCUGGAGAUCACAUGAACCCAUUUGAAUGUACAGACACCUGGUACACCGAUGUGGAUUGUGAAUCGCUUCGCCCACUCAGAGACUGUCUAUCACCUGGGGAGACGUUCCUGACACCCAUUGACCGACUAUAUUCCAUGCAGGACUCUUAUUUUGCCUCCUGUGUGUAAACUGUGUGAGUUGUGUGCGUGUGUUUCUGGUUCAGAUCUCUGGAACUAAUAGAUAUUAAUAACAAAAAUCUGUCAGUCUAUGAUUUGUAAAGCUCUCUGUUUUAUUUAUAUUUAUUGUUGUGUUUUCUCUGUAAUGCUUUUGGAUCAAUGGACUCGAUUUGCAAUUACUUGAAUGACUAAUUAAAAGGGUCACUGUAUAACUAUAAGCAGGUGUAUUUUUUCUUUUAUCAAAUAAACAUA